UUUCCACUGUCUGCUGGGGCGCAUGCGCUGAGCGGCGGGAGGUGGGGCGCAUGCGCGGAGCACAUAGGCAGAGUGCGCUUGCCCGGCAGGGGGCAGUGAGUGAGUGAGUGGGGGCAGUAUGGCAGCUCAGUGCAGGGUGAGGGCGGCCCAUGCCGGUGACUGCCGGGAGAUCCUGCGAAUGAUACAGGAACUGGCCGACUAUGAGAAAUUACCCGACCAAGUGAGAAAUUCAGUGGAAGGUCUCCGGCGAGAUGGAUUUGAGGAGCCCUCCCCUCUGUUCCGCUGUUUGGUGGCUGAACCCACUGAUGGGUGUGGCCAAGGUGACGGUCCAGCGCUGAUUGGCUUUGCUCUUUGUUACAUGACGUACAGCACGUGGAAAGGGCGUGCUCUCUAUAUGGAGGAUUUGUACGUUAUGCCCCAGUACAGGGGUAAAGGAGUGGGCUCCCAGCUUCUAGCCGCUGUGGCCGAGAUGUGUCUGUCUCUCGGCUGCUGUCACCUUCAGUUCUCCGUCCUGGAUUGGAACAGCCCGGCGAUAUCUUUCUACCAUUCCCGGGGGGCCAAGGAUCUGACCCAAGCUGAAGGUUGGCACAUGUUCCGUGUCCUGCCCGAAGAUCUGCACCAAAUGAUCUCUGCCCGCCCCAAACCUGGCACCACUGAACCUUGACAAAGGGGCAUCUCUUCCUCUCAAAGCCUCUCAAAAGACUGUUGGACUCCUGAGAUCUAAAUUUGCCCUUCCUACCACUGGCCUUCUGGUUUCUGCCCCAUCCGCUGAUGUUGGGUUGCUGCUCCAGGGGCACUAACUGGUGGGUCCAUUAGCCGUCCUGCUGCCGAUGUAUCUGGCUACACUGCCCUAUUUAGUAUAAGUGGGUCUCAGAGCCCCUUACCUACCUACCAACCAACCCCACUCUGUGUGUAAAUUCCCAUGUUCUAGGCCACUUGUUCCUCAGCACAAGAGUAAAUAAUGAAUGAUAUUGGGUCAUAGAA